CUACCGUUCCAUCGAUUCCACUUGCCCCACUGGGAACAAGAAUGGCCGACUCCGAUCCAUCCGCCGCCUCUCCUCCCGUCUCUUCCUCCUCCGCCACCGACACGCCGUCGCCGUCGCCGCCCAUGUUAUGCGCCGCUUGCGCCGGGGCCACCGCUUCCUGGUCUUCCCCACCGCAGUGGUCCGACUCCUCCCCUCCCCCUGCCUACCGCCCCAUCCGCGCCCCGGCCAUCAACGCCCCCACCGCCACCGCCUCGAUAGUCCUCGCCCCCGUCCCCCAGCCCCUCCCCGUUCCCCCAGCUGAGCCCCCAUACCGCUUCGAGAUCCCGUCCAAGCGCAUCUCCUCCCCCGACGACAUCCGCCGCUUCCACUCCUCCGAAACCGGCCGUCAUUUCGUCGGCUUCGUCGCCGCCCUCUCCCGCUCCGUCCGCGGCCGCAAGCUCUCCGAUCCGGUCCCCUCUCCUCUCCCCACUCCCCUCUCCGGCCUCCUCUCGGUCCUCCACACCCUGGCCCGUUGGAUCGACGAGAUUCCCCCUCUCCCCCACGCGUCCCGCUACGGCAACCCCGCCUAUCGGUCCUGGCACGCCCGCCUCACCGACGAGGGCCACGGCCUUGUCGUCGCCCUUUUUCCCCCCUCAGACGAGCUCCACCCCGCCGCCGAUGAGCUCCUUCACUACCUUCUUGACUCCUUUGGCAACGCCUACCGCAUUGACUACGGCACCGGCCACGAGACCAACUUCGCCGCCUUCCUCUAUUGCCUCGCCCGCCUCGGCCUCAUCAAGGAGGACGACUACCCGGCCCUUGUGCUUAGGGUGUUCGCUACCUACCUCGACCUCAUGCGGAGGCUUCAGAUCACCUACUCCCUCGAGCCAGCUGGGUCGCACGGCGUGUGGGGGCUUGAUGAUUACCACUUCCUUCCCUUCAUAUUUGGCUCGGCUCAGCUGAUCGAUCACAAGUACAUGAAGCCCAAGUCAAUCCACAACCAGGACAUUCUCGACAACUUCUCCAACGAUUACAUGUAUUUGGGAUGCGUGGCCUUCGUGAAGAAGGUGAAGAAGGGGGUGUUCGCGGAGCACUCGCCCAUGCUUGAUGAUAUCAGUGGGGUGCCCAACUGGAGCAAGGUGAACAGUGGAAUGCUGAAGAUGUACAAGGCUGAGGUCCUCGAGAAGGUGCCUAUCAUGCAACAUUUCCUCUUUGGAUGGCUCAUCAAAUGGGAGUGAAAGUCAUCAUCUUCACGAGGCUUUAAAAUGUGUAGGUUGCCGUCCCUUGGUUUCCCUGGCAGGCGAUAGCAUUCAUGUAAGUUGAUCGUAUGACUUGUUGCUUUGCAGCAUCCAGUAAUUUUGUUUUCCUUUUAUUGAUUUCAUUUACUGCUGCUCUUUUGUUUGGAUCACGAAUGAAAAAGGAUAUAUUUAUGUAAAAUAUCCAUAUCGCUACCUGUUUAAUCUUAUACUGCUUCAGCCUUGUUCGAAUCUAGCAACUUAAGGUAUCCUUUUCUUAAUAGCACGGUGAGGGAAUGCUAAAUACUGCAUAUUAGUGACCUUUAUCUUCGCCACAUCUGUAGAACAACGCUAACUUCUCUCUGUAAGGUGUGUCUGGCAUUGUAAUAAUCAAACCCAGGCUGUUCUUGAGCCCAAGAACAAUUCAACAGCACUUUUGUGUCUUGUUUGA